AUGGACGACUUACUGAACGAUAAACGAUUUGCCCAUGUUGCAAGUGAUCCUAAAUUUAAGAGGAUUCCAAGGGCAGAAAGAAUGGUGAAAAUAGACAAAAGAUUUCAAAGUAUGUUUAAAGAUAAAAAGUUUAAAGUUCAGUAUACCAUUGAUAAAAGGGGUAGACCAAUACAACAUACAUCAUCUGAAAAUCUUAGGAAAUAUUAUGAGUUAUCUUCUAGUGAAGAAGAAGAAGAAGAUGAUGAUAAUGACGAUGAUGCUGAUGAUGCUGAUGAUGAUGAUGAUGAUGAUGAAAAACAAGAACAAGAAAAAAUUAAGCAACAAAAGAAAAAGAAGUCUAAGAAAUAUAAAAAGAAAGAAAGUAAGAAAAAAGGAAUUGUUGAGUCAAAGGAAAGUGAUGCAGAGGAUGAUAAAAGCAAAGGUGAAGAGAAUGAUUCUGAUCAUCAUUUUUCAAGCAAUGGAGAGUUACUUAGGAUGAAACCAAAAGAAGAAAGUGAUGUAGAUGCUAAGGAACAGAGCAAAUCUGAAUCAGAAUCUGAAUCUGAUGCAAAUGCUGAGAAUUUGAAGGCAGAUUUAAAAGAAAGUAAAAAGCAAUUGGCUAUUAGUAGAAAGGAAGAAUCUAAGAAACUCCCUGAUAAAGUUAAAGAGAAGUUAAAAGACUUAAAUAUAAAUUAUGCUAGAGGUGAAGGAGUGCUAAUGUCAGACAGUUCUUCUGAGGAAGAUUCUGAUACUUCUGAUGAGGAAGAAAUUGAACACAAUUGGGGUGAGCUAGAUAAAGAUGCUGUGACAACAGAUGAAAUUACACAUAGAUUAGCAAUUUGUAAUAUGGAUUGGGAUAGAAUACGUGCUGUAGAUUUAAUGGUUUUAUUCAAUUCAUUCUUACCUAGUGGAGGUCUCAUUCAUUCAGUUACUAUUUAUCCAUCAGAAUUUGGUCUAGAACGUAUGAAAGAGGAAGAGAUUAAUGGUCCAAAGGAAUUGGUAGAAAUGAGCAAAGAGGAUAUUCAGGAUGAUAGUGAUGCUGAAGAAGGGUCAACAUAUCAUGUGGAAAGGUUAAGACAAUACCAAUUAAACAGACUAAAGUAUUAUUAUGCUGUUAUUGAGUUUGAUUCUGCUAAAACAGCUAAUAAAAUUUAUACAGAAUGUGAUGGUACAGAAUAUGAAUCCACAGCUGCAAAGUUAGAUCUUAGAUUUAUACCAGAUGAUAUGAAAUUUGAUCAGACUCCCAAAGAGGUGUGCAAUAAAUUGCCUGAACCUAGCAAAUAUGAACCAAGGAUAUUUACAACUACAGCUUUGCAGCAAGUUAAAGUGGAUUUAACAUGGGAUGAGACAAACCCAGAAAGAAUGGAGAUUACACAGAAGUUAAAUUCUGGUAAAUUAGACGAAAUCGAUGAAAAAGAUUUACAAAAUUAUUUGGCAACUGAUUCAAGUGCUGAUGAAGCAGAAGAAGAGAAAGAAGAACAAAAGGAAUCGCAGGAAGAUGAAAGCGAUUCGGAAGAAGAGAAAAAUGACAACCCAAUUGAAAAAUACAAAGCUCUAUUGAAGGAAAUAGAAGAGAAGGAAGAAACAAAUCGGAAGAAGGAUGUUGAGUUAGAGUUCACUUGGGGUUUGGGAACGCAAGAGAAAGCUGAAAAACUGGUACAGGAAAGAUUAAAGAAAGACGAGAAUCUUACGCCGUUUGAACAAUAUUUGGAGAAACGUAAAGCGAAAAAGAAAGCUAAACGAGAAGAACGAAAGAAACGUGAAAACACGGAUAAAGAUGCACUGGAUUCUGACAAUUCAGAGAUGGUUGAUUCGGAUGACGAUGAUGUAAAAACGAAAAAUAAUAAAUCAUCUCAUAGGAAGAAAUCUAUGAAACAAGGUCUGGCUUCGUCGGAUGAUGAAGAUGAAGAACGUCGUAAAGCAGAAUUAGAACUUUUGUUAAUGGACGAAAAUGAAGAUGGUAAACAGCAUUUCAAUAUGAAAAAGAUUGAAGAAAACGCUACAAUGACGAAAUCUAAGCAAAAACGACUCAAUAAAAAGAAGAAUGCACAAGAUCAAAUAGUACAAGACAAUUUCGAAGUAAACGUACAAGAUUCAAGAUUUAAUGCCCUAUUUACGUCACAUCAUUUCAAUAUUGAUCCAGCAGACCCACAUUAUAGGAAAACUAAAGGUACUGAAGCUCUAAUUAAAGAAAAAUUAAAAAGAAGAGUUGAAGAUGAACCCAGUGAAGAAAUACCAGCUAAACAAUCGAAAGUGAAAUCUAGUACAGAACUGCAAGCAUUAAUAAAAACAGUGAAGAAAAACACGAGAAAUAUUCCUAAGAUGGGCCUAUUUGGCUCCAAAGACGAGACAAAAGAAACAAAGAAAGAAGUCAAGGACGAUUCACCCGACCGUUAUGCUCCUUAUUGUAUUGACAGUGAUUCAGAAACGUAUGAUACUGAAGCUCUAAGCAUCAUGGAUAUUAAUGAUAUCAUUGGUGUUCAAUCAGAACCUGUUAGUGAUUCCACUUUGGAGAGUGAAAUUGCUGCACUCUCACAGAUGAUCACAGAAUCUAAGACGGAUACAAGUCAAAGUGCAACAGAGAUAAAAUAUGAAACAACAGAGAAUGAGUUAAUCAAGGUUGAUGGAGUUCCAAUGGUUGAAAACAUGGAUGCAGUUGAAGUAUCUGACACAAGUGAUCGUUUAACAUCUACUUUGGAGGAAUUAGAGAUUGUUUGUAGUGCUCGGGAGACAACAAGUGGUUGUAUGGAACAAUUAAGCAAAGGAAACUUACAGUUUAACAAUGAAAACACCUUACAGGAAAGUUUACAGUUGUGCGAAGAACGAAAGGACAAUGAUACAAGGGAUAAUUGUGAAAUGAAUGUAUUAACAGAGUCUGUAGCUAUUGUUGAUAGUAAAGAUGUUGAAAAUUCUGAUGUUAUAAGCCAAACAGAUGGUGAGUUUGUUCAAGCUACUAGUGAUUCUAUUUCAGUGACUUCAGAUGUUGUGAAAAGUGAAGAAAAUGUAAAUAGGCCUAAUGCAAACAAGCAAGGAGAUAGCAAUAUUAAAAUAGCAACAGUGAAUAGUGAAGUAACUAUUAUAGAAAGUGAAAACAGUAUUCGUGGAAGUUUGCAGCUAAUUGGUGAAGCAUAUAGUUCAGAGGACUCUGAGGAUACAAUUAUGAAUGAUGAAGAGCCAAAAGAAACAAGUUCAGCAAUUAGUUCUAAUGAAAAUAGCCUGAUUUCCUGCGAAGAGAAAAAAGAUGCAUUUGAAGUUUGUGAACCACAACAAGAUGUAAAUAAUGUCUCUGAUGAUAUUAAUAAUAUAAGUUCAAAUAAGAUUUGUACAGAGAAAGAUAUUGCUGAAACAAUAGAAAGUGAAGAAGUGUACAGUAUUGAAGUUGAUUCAUCUAAUUGUUCUAAGGAACCUAAACAUGCAGAGGAAUUGCUUACAAUUUCAAGAGAGACAGAAGAUACAAAAGAUAUUGUUCCUAAUGAAUGCAAAGUAGAUAGUCCUAGCAAUAUUGUUUCACAAUGUGAAGAAAAAGAAGAAGAUGUGAAUAUAGCUGCCAGUGAUACAAACAAUGUUCAAGAAGAACUAAUGGAAGAGAAGAAAAUUGACAUUCAAGUAAUAGUGGAAGAGUCUGUAUUAGAACAUUCUGAUAUGGAAGUAGAUGAGAAAGAUGUUGAACUUACAAGUGGUACUUGUGCCACAGAAGAAAGCAAAUGCGAAGUAGAAGUUACAGAAGAAAGCACAGAUGCAGAAAGAGACCAAAAGACUGCAGAAUGUAUGGUUGUAGAAGAGGAAGGAAGUUCUGAGAGUGAAGAGUGUAUAAGUGAAAAAAAAGGAUCAAGUUCUGAAAAUGAAGAACCUGUAAAUACUUUAGACAUUGAGAGCAAUAUAGCCAGUAAUGAUCAAGUAUUAAGUACAGAAUCAAAUGACGAGGUAAGUGCAGAUAAUGAUACUAAAAUUAGCGAAGAGAAAAGUGAACUAGAAAUAGGAAUCCCAAAAACAGAAAUUCAGUCAGGAAGUAUAGACAAUUUUACUAGUGUUGAAUUAGAUAAGUUUGAAUCACCACAGGUAACAGACAAUUUAGAUGUAUCAAAAGAUGAGGUUGACGAAGUAGAAUUGCCAGAAGAGAAAGCAGAAAUGGAAAUUGAAAAAUUGGAAUCAUUAGAAACAGAAAUAAAACAGGAUUUUUUAAAACCAAUUGCCAGUCAAUUAUCUCCUGAAGUAAAUGAUGAAAUUCCUGUGGUUUCUGAAGAAGAUUCUACAUCUGCUUUGCAAAAUAGCACAGAAGUAUCCUCAUACAGUGAUAAUUUAAUUGAUACUACAAUAAAUGUGGCUGACAAUAUAGUAACAAAUGUAGGGAUGGAAACUGAAGAGAAAAAUAGUUUGGAUUCUGUGCCAUCAGAGAUAAUCAAAGUUGAUUUAAAGGAAGAUGUUGCUAUAGAAUCAGUAGAUACAGCAGAAUUAUCCAUCAUCCAAGAAAAAUCUGAAGAUGAGUUGAAAACAUGUACAUUAGAAAGUUGUGAUACAACUUUUAAAUAUAAGGAUCCAAUGGAAGUGGACUCUAAUGAGGAUUCUGUGACUUCUGCAUUAGGAACAGAUACAACUUCAGUUGUUACACAGCCUGCACAUGUUACAUAUGAAGAGAGUUCUGAAGAUAAAACUGCCCAACCAUUGGAAGAAAUUGAUGAUAAAAAAGCAGAGGAGAUGGAAAUUACUAAUCUACAGAUCACACAAGAUGAAAAUGGUAUUGUUGAGAAAGAAAGUCAAGAAUCCAAUGAAAUUGAAAGUACAAUAGUUGAAGAAACAGAACUUGAUAAACCCUUAGAUGUGGCUGAUGUUAUUACAGAGUACACAGAAUCAAAGGAGAUGGAAAUUUCUGAGCAGCAUGAAGAUCUUAAAAUUGAAAAAGCAACAGAAGAGAUCACAAUUGAAGAACAGCUAGAUGUGAAAAUGGAUGAAACUACAGAAUAUGUUAACGAAGAAGAUUCAACUUCUGAUUCAAAAUUUACAGGUAAAAAUCCAUUUUCACUAUCAGAUCGUACAGAAGUGGUAGUAUGUAAAGAGGAUGUAGAAGAGGAGCACAUAAAAGAAGAGAUGAAUUUAACUUUGGAGCCUGAAGACACCCAAUCACAGUCAGAAAUGGUCAAAAGUGAUAUUGAUGAAAAAUCUGAGAAUGAAAAGGAUAUGGAAUUUUCUGAAGAAAUUAUUAAAGAAGAUCAAGAGGACACUGUAGUUAAAAUGGACGAAGACACUGUAGAUUCAUUGGGCAUGGAAAAAUCAAGUGCUAUUGAAAUAGAUACAGAAGAACCCAUGAAGUCAGGUGAUGUUGAAGACUCAGAGUCAAACAGGAUCGAAGAACUAUCAGAGAAACAACAGUUGGAGGAUGAUGAUUCAAAGAAUGAUACUAAUAAAGAUAACCUGAAGGAUAUUUUAGAAACUGCCAAUAAUGUAGAAGAGCUCUUUACCGAAGAACAGUGCCAAAAUACACAGGACAUUGUUACAAGUAUCCUAGACAAUAUAAGGAGUGACUUCAAGAAUAUUUUAAGCACAAAAGCAAGUGUAACAAAUGAGAUAAAGGAGGUUCUUCAACAAUCUGGAAACUUACCAUUGGUGGAGGGUGAAAUUGAAGAGCUGACAGAGAAACUACCACAAGAUUCAGAAGAUAUUUUGAACAAAGAUAUGGAGGACACAAUGUCAACGCAAAAUAUAGAUUCUCUGGAGGGUUUGCUAGGUCUAGAUUUAAUGCCAGAUGGAGAGGAUUCUACAUUGAAGUCAACAAAGUCCGAGGAGCAACUUGAGAAGCCAGAGCAAUUGUCAAAGGUUGUAGACAUGAGCCUUUUAUUAGAACAGUCGAAUCAUGAGCCUUCGGACAUGGCACAAGAUUCAGAUUACAUAACACACGUGAUCAGCAGUUGUUUAAACGAGAAUACAGUACCAUUGGAAGAUAACAUAGCGAAGUCUGAUGGAAUUGAAGAUGAUAAGCCUAAAGAGGCAGAGGCAAGUGACAUGUUGAAAGUGGAUCAGGAAGACUUGAUUCCCGAAUCUAUGGAGAAGGAUGAGAAUGUGGAGGACUUGCAGAAGGAUUUAAGGGAGGAUACCGAUUUGCCAGAGAAUGAAUUGGACAUGGAUUUUGAAGAAGCUCCUCUAGAAUCCGUAGGUGAUCUCGAAGAAACAGAAUCGAAACUGGAAUUGGCACAGGAUAUUCUAUUACAGAGCGUGGACGAAGGGGAAAAUUUGAACGACACUCCGCCUUGCGUUGAAACAUCUCAACCGAGCUCUGAAAUAUCAGAACUGGAAUCUGCUGUGAAGUUCCUUCAAGAGUCCGAGGAACAAGGUAUGGAUUCUCCGUUGAUACUGUCUCCAAAGUUGGUAGAGAGUGUCGUCGACGAUAUAUCGAAGCAGGCAGAUUCAGCGGCAUCUCUGUUCGUCCCUGACGAGGACAUGUGUGAGAACGCGUCAGAACUGGAGGCAGAAUUGCAGAACAUCGCGACAGAUUCUAUUUCAAUUUCCGAAGCGGAAAUAAUUUCGGAAGCUGCGAAAUUGGAAAGCGAGAGGAAGCUCGCGGAGCAAGUUAAAUUGGCCGGUUCGGAAAAUAAAUUCGAAACAACCGACGAUAGAGAAAUGAGAAAGGACGAGGAGAUAGCUGAAGAGAAGAUGGUAGUGUCUGCAAGAUCUGAGAGUAAAUUCGGCGUAGAACCUUUGCAGAACGUCGAGAUCCAAGAAACGUCGAAUUUAAAAUGUGAAAAGAUACUAGCUGAAACGGCGGUGGCGACGCUAUCACAGAAAGUUCUAAAGACCUCCGAAUGUAUUCCUAAAGUUUCGAUCCUGGAGGAACGUCUGAAAGAGCCACCUAAGAUAGAAAUUCCAGCUGCCGAUGUAACUAAAGUCACCAUGUCUCCUACCACCUCGAAGGACAGUCUUUUAAUUCAAAAGGAUGCAAAGUUGAUCGCCUAUCAAAAGAUGCUGGAAUCCCCGAAGUUGACGGAGAAACAGUCGGAGCCGAAGAUCAUGGAAACACCACGAAAAGACUCUGAGAAGCACGAUUUUGAGAAUGUCGGAUCACCGAGGAUCAUCUUGAAGAUAGCAAAGUCUGCUAUCGCCGAUUGCGGAGAGCCAAGAUCACCUAAGAGCCCUAAGAUCAGAUCAGCGACCAAUUCACCGAAUCCCGAGGAUAGUCCAGGUCAGAAGUUGGGUAAAAUAAAAUUGAAACUGUCGAAAAGUGGUCACCCUUCUAUAAUAUCCAACGAGAAUAUCGAAGAAGUUGGACAAUGGUACUCGGAAGGUUCUUCGUCGUUGUCUCCGAUUGGUAUGAAGAUCAAACUAUCGAAGUCUGGUGAUGCAUCGAUAGUCUCCUCCGAGAAACACGACUCUGUCGACGAUUCGAAGGAAGGCAAGCAUAAAUUCGAGGAGAUCAAGCGGACAGAAUCGCCGAUUGGAAUGAAGAUCAAGUUAUCGAAGACCGGUGACGCUUCGAUAGUGCAGCAAGAAAUGCAGAUGAAGCAUAAAGAGAAGUUGGAUAUUGUUCAAGGUAGUCCAAAAAGGACAGAGUCUCCGAUCGGGAUGAAGAUCAAGCUCUCGAAGACUGGAGACGCCUCGAUAAUACAGCCAGAGAGGCAGGAUUAUCCGGAAGAGUACAAGGACAACGCACAAAUCAAGCAAAAAGAAAAACACGAGUCUUGUUACGAUUCUCCAAAGAGAACUGAUUCACCGAUAGGGAUGAAGAUCAAGCUAUCGAAGACAGGAGAUGCCUCGAUCGUCUCUCCUGACUUGCCGGGAGAGGAUAAGGACGCCUGUAAAACGAAGGAGAAGUUGGAAUCACCACCGGAUGUUCCGAAGAGGACCGAGUCUCCCAUUGGAAUGAAGAUCAAACUGGCGAAAACGAAAGGUGGAGCUUCUAUAAUAUCAAUGGAGAACUCUGAGGAGGCAAAGGAUAAAUUAGAAAUGCCAGACGUACCGAAACGGACAGAAUCGCCGCUUGGAAUGAAGAUUAAACUAUCGAAGAGCGGCGACGCGUCUAUUGUUCACUUAGAAGUGUCCGAUGAAUAUAAAGAGAAAGUGGACGUGGCCCAAGAUGCGAUGAAAUCGUCGGAGUCACCAUCUGGAAUGAAGAUAAAAGUGAUCAAGUCGGGAGAAACAUCUUCGAUCGCGCAAGAAACUGCGGAAGAGACGGUAGAGAGCGUACAAGAUCCUCUGUCGAAGGUCGAAUCUCCUAUUGGUAUGAAAAUCAAGCUUUACAAAUUCGGCGACCCGUCGAUUAUCUCGUCGGAGAAACAACAGGAACAGCUGGAAGAAGGGAAAUCUCUUCAAGAGAUACCGAAAAGAACGGAAUCUCCUCUAGGAAUGAAGAUCAAACUAUCAAAGACUGGUGAUGCUUCCAUCAUACAGCCCGAAUCGUCCGAUGAUACGAAUAAAAUGUUACGAACAACUGAAUCAGAGCAUUUCAAACCAUCUGACACUUGUUUAGGUAUGAAGAUAAAGCUGUCGAAAACCGGAGACGCUUCUAUAGUGGAUCCAGAGAAGAAGGACAGACAACAGAGACGUCGAGACACCGAAUCACCAUUGGAGAUGAAGAUUAAAUUAUCGAAGACCGGUCAUCCGACUAUUGUAGCUUGUGACAAUCAAGCAGAACCUCAAUACAAGCCGAAGGAAGCUACUGCCGAGCCGUCUCAAAAUUUUACACAGAGGUACAAAGAGUCUGCUGGCCAACAAACUGCUGGUCACAAAGAAUCAUCUACGUUAAAAAUGUUCAAAAGUGGUAGCCAUUCCGCUAUUCUACAGAGCAAUCGUUCGGAAUUGACCAUCGAGCCGGUGCAAAUGCAAGGAAAGAAGCCAGAGAACGUCGUUGAGAUAUCUCCAAAGCGUAAAGAUAUCACCAUUGCACCGAUAGAAUCGAAGAAGUCGAAGCUAGAGGCACAACUGACUCAAAUUCUGCCUGAGGUCACUAUUCAGCCUGUGACAUCCAGGGAACAACAAAAGCAAUUUUUGUUCGAUCCAAAAGGUAGCGCGAUUAGUCUUCAACAGAUGAACGUGAUAAACCAAGAGAUCAGUAUUACCCAAGUAAGACCAACGAAACCGAGCGAUGCAUCGAUGAGCGAGAAAUUGAAGGAUAUUUUGUCGAAGAACACGGCGACUAACUCGCCGUUGAACUCUGACUGUGAAAUUAUUGAGCACCGGCCAGAGUUGAUUAUAGUAAACGAGAACUCGAAUUCUAGCCAGGAUGUUGUAAUAAUUGAGGAGGUUUCCCCUAAUAGAAUGCCAGAAGUAAAGGUACCGAAGAAAAGAGGCAGACCCAGAAGGAAUCCGUUGCAACAAGGGAUUACUCAUCCUCCACCUAAUAUACUAAUACCCAGGGGUCCUUUAUCUUUAGAUGAAGCACAACAGAUGCAACAGCCGCAGGUGCCACAUUUCCCACAAUCCAGAGAGAACGAGAGGCCUAAGAGGACGUGUAGAAGUCAAAAGAGUUAUGCACCUCCUAGAAGAGGCAGAGGAAGAGGUCGAGGAAAACGGAAAUUGGACAGUGUGGAUCCUCAAGUAGCGAAGAAGCCUAGGUUAGAACAAGACCUAAACGCGAUAGAAGCUUCCACAACGGCAGUAAUAAUGAUAGAUAAUUCUGGAAUGCAGCAAGGAGCGUUUGGAAAGUCACCAGAGUUGUACAAAGCUCUUAAGCAACCGACAAUGGAUUCAAAGGUUGCUAAUUCUUCGGACUCCGUGGCCACGCAAACGGAUAUGAACAAAAUACCGGAGAUGCGACUACCUAGACCGGUAUCAAAUGACUCGAAAGAUGGUAUAAAGGAUAAGAAAUUGCCAGAAAUCAUUCCUGAGAGGAUGCAGAAAGUUGUAGUGAAAACAGAGCCUGAUAAAACAACGGAGAAUGUCAAGUCGGAGAAUAAAGAUAUGUUGGUGCCGCCUGGACACCCUAAUUGGUUGACGCCAAUGUCAAAACGAGUUGCAGAAGGUGCUACGAAGCAUGAAAAUGUAUCUACGGUACAAGUGAUAGACGAAGAGACGAGGAUGAGCGCGGAAUCGGGUUCAAGAUCUCAAACACCAGCGAGAAAUAUUUCUGCCCCUGCCUCUGAAACCAUAGUAAAUGAAGAGUCUCAAGGAAGUGUACUUAGUACUGCAACCACAGAGUCAGAAAAAGUGAAGGUCAAGAAUCGAAGAAUGGAAAUUAAUUUUGAUCCAGACGAAGGACCAUUUACUGUUGACAAGAUUGCUGAAUAUGAGUGGCCACUGGACCGUAAGGGUGAAACUUUUAUGAUACAGGAACAAAUAUCCCAAUAUCUUGGUGUAAAAUCUUUCAAAAGAAAGUACCCAGAUCUGAAACGAAGAGUGGUAGAUAUGGAGGAAAGAAAUUAUUUAAGAGAAAAUGGAUUAGUUAGUGAAGCAAUGUGUGACAUGGGCUUAACUGCUGUUUGCAGUUCAGAAGUAUUAGAUGUAAUGUGCAGUGAUUUUCCGGAUCAGUAUGAAGAAUAUCGUAAACAUAUGCGCGAGAAACAAGUGAAAGAACAUUCCAAAAAACAGAAAGAAUUAACAGCGGCCGCAAAUGCAGAGAAAAAUAGAAUUGACCUAGCAGAAAUGGCAGUUCAGUCUGCAUUAUCUUGGAAUAUUAGUUUAAACAAAGCUCGGCGAGAAAAUAGGAAGUGUAGCUUAGAUUUACAAACAUUCACGAUACACGUGCCAAAGAAGCAGCAAAAAAUUGAAACGGAACGAAGAAUCGGUCAUUAUCCUGUUGCUUUAAUACCUGGACAAUAUACGGAUUACUAUCGUGAAUACACACCAGCCGAAUUACGAUAUUAUCCUCUGAAUACCGUCCUCUAUGGUCCUAUGAGACCAAAUGAACGUAAAUUUGACAGUCAAUCAGAGGGAUCUCAGAGUGACAGUGACAGUGAUUCAUCCUCAGAUGACUCGAGUUCGUCUUCUAGCGAGGGAACGCAGGAUACCGAAGGUUCUCAGUCCACAAUGGACGAGGUGGAUAUGGAAAUAGCGAAUCAGAAAGAUGAAAUUAAAUUGAAAUGUAAGAUGUGCUUGAAAACGCUGAACAAACAUAGUAAAACUGAAGUAUUAAUUCAAUGUGGCACGUGUAACGGACAUGUUCAUCCAUCGUGUAUAGAUUUAACGUUAGACAUGGUUCCUCAUAUUCAAUCAUAUUCGUGGCAAUGCACCGAUUGUAAAACUUGUGCACAAUGUCACGAUCCUGCUGACGAAGAUAAAAUGCUGUUCUGCGAUAUGUGCGAUAGGGGGUAUCAUAUUUAUUGCGUUGGCUUACGACGAGUGCCUCAAGGAAGAUGGCAUUGUCAAGAAUGCGCCGUCUGUGCAAAUUGUGGUUCGAGAGAACCCGGUGGUGUAAAUUCUGAUAGAAAUAGUGUUGCUCUAUGGCAGCACGAAUAUAAAAAAGGUGACAAGAAUACUCGCGUUUAUGUUUCAACGCUGUGCGUUCCAUGCUCAAAGCUAUGGCGAAAGGGUCGCUAUUGUCCGCACUGCAGUCGCUGUCAUACUGCCCCAAGACUCGACCUGGAAGCGAAUCUAGUGCAUUGCAGCGCAUGUGACAAAUAUCUGCACUUAGGUUGCGUGGAGACCAAGGGGGUACCAUUAGACAGGAAAAAUUACCUGUGUGAUUUUUGUGCACCAAAUCGUCAGCAAAUGAUGAAGCCAUUAAUAUCGAAAACAUUGAGAACGUAAAUAAAUUGAUAAUGUGUAAUUUCCGUUUGAGCUCGAGAAUUGUAUAAAAUGUGAA